AUGUCUGCGACGACGACUCAGACCUCCAUAUCCACCACCCUCUCGGGCGCCCAAGAUUCUUCAUACGUGCCACGGGGCCCAGUGCAUACGAAGUUGAACUUUUUCAGAGACCCUGAAGACGGAUCCAAGCCAUAUAAUUAUGUCGAGAAACAGCCUGAAGGCGCGCCCCAGAGGAACUUCGGUGAGACCGUGGUCGAAGUCCAAAUGAAUGAUAUCCGAGGCCGAGAAAGCGAAUAUUAUCUUGACAAGGAUGCUUUUCAAGCUAUCAAAGACAUCCUAUCACAAGAGACGGAGUUUGUUGACGAUGAACACAUCAAAAAGGUCUACUAUCCGGAGGUUGAGAAACUGUUGCUGGAGAACGUGCCUGGUGCGCACAAAGUCACUAUUUUCGACCACACUAUCCGCCGGUCAAACCCUGAAGCUCCUCGCGCCCCUGUCACCAGAGUGCAUGUUGACCAGACGCCGCGGUCAACUGAGUGGCGAGUCAGGCUGCACAACCCCGAAGAAGCCGACGAGCUUCUGAAGGGCCGAUACCGAAUCAUCAAUGUUUGGCGACCAAUUAACGGCACCGUUCAAGCGCACCCUCUGGGGUUUGCCUCUGCUGAUACUGUCGAUGAUAACGAUCUCGUGCCCGUUGAGCAUAGAUACCCUCAUCGGACGGGUGAGACGGCCGCAGUGAGAUACAAUCCGAGCCAGAAGUUUUAUUACUGGUCUGGUAUGGACAAUGACGAGAGGCUGUUCCUGAAGUGCUAUGACAGCAAGGAGGGCGUGGGUCAGAGGGUGCCUCAUACUGCAUUUGUUGAUCCCAGAACUCCUGUGGGAGCGAAGGGCCGGGAGAGCAUCGAGGUCCGCGCAUUGGUUUAUGGUUAA